GAAAGCGAAAGCGGCGGGCGCCGGGACUCCCCAGUUCUCAGGGCGUCGCGGGCAGACAGGACCGGGGAAACGAAGGUGAGCCUGGGCGAGCGGAUUUCAGAGCUCGGGGCUCAGCACGUAGCAGAAAGCGCUCCGGAGCCUCAGUCCCGAAGCCGCCUCCGAUAGCACCAUGCGCUUCUCUGGCCUGAGACCCUGGGCCUUCCUGCUGUUGGCCGACUUGGCUCUCCUCCGGCUGCUUCAGGGGACUCUGGCAAGUCUGCUUCCCCGAGGGCUUCCGGGCCUGUGGCUGGAGGGGACCCUGCGACUCGGAGGGCUCUGGUGGCUGCUACAGGUGGGAGGACUACUGGGACUGGUGAGAACACUGCUCCCCCCGCUCUGCCUGGUGACCCCGCUGUUCCUCUCCCUGAGGGCCCUGGUCCCAGGUGCCUCGAGCGCUCCCCCAGUCAGAGUGGCUUCCGCCCCCUGGAGCUGGCUGCUGUUGGAGUACGGGGCUGCCGGGCUAAGCUGGACCGUGUGGGCGCUGCUGAGAGCUCCAGGAGCCCAGGAGAGGGGGCAGGGCCAGGAGAACCACACAGACUUGAUGUGGAAGCUGCUGAAGCUCUCCAGGCCAGACCUGCCUCUCCUCCUCUUGGCCUUCUUCUUCCUUGGUGGUGCCGUGUGGGGGGAGACAUGGAUCCCUUACUAUACUGGUCGUGUCAUUGACAUUCUGGGAGGUGAUUUCAAGCCUGAUGCCUUUGCCAAUGCCAUCUUUUCCAUGUGCCUCAUAUCCAUUGCGAGUUCACUGUGUGCAGGCUCCCGAGGAGGCUUCUUCACCUUCACUCAGUCCAGUAUCAACGUGCGGGUCAGGGAGCAGCUUUUCUCCUCCCUGCUGCGCCAGGACCUCAGUUUCUUCCAGGAGACUAAGACAGGGGAACUGAACUCAAGAUUGAGCUUGGAUACCAAAAUGAUGAGCAACUGGCUUGCUUUAAAUGCCAAUGUGUUCUUGCGAAGCCUGGUCAACGUGGUGGGGCUGUAUAGCUUCAUGCUCAGCCUGUCCCCUCGACUCACCCUCCUCUCUCUACUCGAGUUGCCUCUGGUAAUAGCUGGUGAAAAGGUGUACAAUGUCUGCCAUCAGGCAGUGCUCCAGCAGAUCCAGAGCGCGGUGGCAAAAGCAGGGCAGGUGGUGCGAGAGGCAGUUGGAGGGCUGCAGACGGUGCGCAGUUUUGGGGCCGAGGAGCAGGAGACCUGUCUCUAUAAGGAGGCCCUAGAGCAAUGCCGGCAGCUGUGGUGGCGGCGAGACCUGGAACAUAUCCUUUUUGGGCUCUUCCAGAGGAUGCUGUGUUUGGGAAUGGAGGCGCUGCUGCUGUACCGCGGACUGCAGCAGAUUCUGGCUGGGGACCUCACCCAGGGUGCGCUGGUCUCCUUUCUGCUCUACCAGAAGGUGGCAGCUGGUCAAGUGCAUGCCCUGGUAUACAUAUGUGGAGAUAUGCUCUGCAACAUAGGGGCUGCUGAGAAGGUUUUCCAAUAUUUGGACCGAGAGCCAAAUAUGCCUCCUUCGGGGACACUGGCCCCAUCAACUCUGCAGGGGCUUGUGGAAUUCCAAGAUGUCUCCUUUGCAUAUCCCAACUGCCCUGACCAGCCUGUGCUCAAGGGGCUGACAUUCACCUUACGUCCUGGUCAGAUGACUGCACUGGUGGGGCCCAAUGGGUCUGGAAAGAGCACAGUGGCUGCCCUGCUGCAGAAUCUGUAUCAGCCCACUAACGGGCAGGUGCUGCUGGAUGGGAGGCCCAUCUCCGAGUAUGAACACUGCUACCUGCACCAGCAGGUGGCUUCUGUUGGGCAAGAGCCUGUGCUCUUCUCGGGUUCUGUGAGGGACAACAUUGUUUACGGGCUGAAGAGCUGUGAUGAUGAGAAGGUGGUGGCUGCUGCCCGCAGUGCCAGUGCAGAGGGGUUCAUACAGGAGAUGGAGCAUGGACUGGAUUCAGAUGUAGGGGAGAAAGGGAACCAGUUGGCUGUGGGACAGAAACAAUGUCUGGCUAUCGCUCGGGCACUUGUGCGGGACCCUCGAGUCCUCAUCCUGGAUGAAGCCACCAGCGCCCUGGACGUCCAGUGUGAGCAGGCCCUGCAGGACUGGAGAUCCCACGGGGACCGAACGGUGCUGGUGAUCACGCACAGGCUGCAGACCGUGCAGAGUGCAGACCAGAUCCUGGUGCUCAGGCAGGGAGAGCUGCUGAAGAACACUCAGCUUGCCGAGGGGCAGGACCUCUAUUUCCACCUGCUGCAAAUGCAACCAGAGGACUGAGGCCCCAGGACGCCAGGCUCUUCUCAUGGCCACCUCCAUGACUCAGAGCAGUUCGUGCUUUCAGUUUUCCUGGGCUCUGUCCCUGGGUAGUCCUUCCGAGGGCUGGUGGCAUGCUGGAAGUUUGGGCCACGUGUGCUCUUAUUGUGACUGGGAGUUGGGGGGCUUAUCUGUGACCAAGCGUCUCAUUUCUCUAGUGCUGAGUAGUGUAUUGUGACAUAAUACAUCUAUUUAAAAAUUGUUUCCUUACUAUGUAAAUGGCACAUAUUCGCAAAACUAACCCUUGUUUCACUUUCCAGAGGUAACCAAGGUGACUGUUUUGCCAGCUAUCCUAUCAGUGUCUUAUCUGUUCUUUGAGAUAAAUAUUAGCUAAUAUUUGCCAAUGAGAUAAAUAUUCACCAGGUUACCUCUCUGUAUCUUUCUCCAUUCUCACUGAUGUCUGUACGGUAUGGGGUGGCGGUAGAGCACACUUCCCUAAUUAACAGUGUUAAUGAGACAUUGAUAAUAUCUACCAUUUAUUAGAGUUUUAAUAUAAAUAGGAAGUAUGCUCAA